AUGGCAUACUUCUGCAGGAAACAUUCAAAUGUUUUUGUCAUUGCCAUAGCUUCCUUGGCUGUAGUUUCUGUGGCGGUUCUAACAAAGAAUUCCAUUAAUGGAUUUACAUGGCUUCAUUUCUUUUCAUCUCAAUGGGGAUGGACUGGUAUUACCAAUCUUGGGACAACGUCUUCUUCCUCUGUAUUCAUGAUUGAUCAAGGAAAGCGAAAGACGUUGAUGAAUGUAGGAAAGGUUUCUAAAGAAAAAUAUGUUUUGAUGAGAGGUGGAAAUCGAAGUGAUGCAAAAUUAGAGAGAGUUGAAGCAGGUCUUGCCAUGGCUAGAGCUUUGAUAAGAGAAGCUGCAGAGGACAGCAACUGCACAUCAAGUCUUCAUGAUGAUCUUGAUUAUAUUCCUCGAGGUUACAUAUAUAGGAAUGCAUGUGCCUUCCACAGGAGUUACCUUUUAAUGGAGAAGUUGUUCAAAAUCUUUGUCUACGAAGAGGGAGAGCCUCCUUUAUUUCAUUAUGGCACCUGCAAGGACAUAUACUCCAUGGAAGGAGUGUUCCUCAGCUUAAUGGAAACAAAUACCAAGUUCCGGACCUCGAAUCCUGAUGAAGCUCAUGUCUAUUUUCUUCCUUUUAGUGUUGUGAUGAUCAUUGAGCACCUCUUUCAUCCAAUUAUUCGCGAUAAAGCUGUUCUGGAACGUACUGUUUCUGAUUAUGUCCGCAUCAUCUCUCAUAAGUAUCUGUACUGGAAUCGAAGCCUUGGAGCUGAUCAUUUCAUGCUUUCAUGUCAUGAUUGGGGGCCUCGUGCUACUUGGUAUGUUCGUCAACUCUACUACAAUUCCAUCAGGGUCCUGUGCAACGCAAAUACCUCAGAGUAUUUUAAUCCAAAGAAAGAUGCAUCAUUUCCAGAGAUCAAUCUGAAAACAGGGGAAAUCACGGGCCUGACCGGUGGCUUACCCCCAUCUAACCGUACAGUCCUAGCAUUCUUUGCAGGUAAAAUGCACGGGAAACUCAGACCAGCACUUCUUCAGCAUUGGAUGGGAAAGGACAAAGACGUUCAAGUUUACGAGACACUACCACAGGGAAUUUCGUAUCAUGAGAUGAUGACGAAGAGCAAAUAUUGCAUUUGCCCAAGUGGGCAUGAAGUUGCUAGUCCAAGAAUUGCUGAGGCAAUUUAUGCAGAAUGUGUUCCAGUCUUAAUAUCACAGCAUUAUAUCUUUCCUUUCAGUGAUGUUCUUAAUUGGGACUCAUUCACCAUUCAAGUUCCAGUCACUGAAAUACCAAACCUGAAGAACAUUUUAGAGGGGAUACCUGAAGAUCAAUAUUUGAGAAUGCAGGAGAGAGUGAAGCAAGUGCAAAGACAUUUUGUGGUGAAUAAUCCUCCCAGAAGAUAUGAUGUCUUCCAUAUGAUUAUUCAUUCAAUCUGGCUACGAAGGUUGAAUGUGCGCUUUCCUGGGUGAUUAUCAGUCGUAGCUAAAUAUCAGUGUCUUGAAUA